UGUGUGGAUUAAACCAGUAGUAGUAAAGAAACUAAAUAAGUGGAGAGUAAGUCAUAAGGGAAGGAAGGAAGCAGUGAGCAGUGAUGGUUGUUGUAUGUGGAGGAAAAUGGAUGUCAGGUUCUCGCUCUCCUCCUCCAAUUCCAUCCAAAUGCUCAAACCAGUCACUGUCUUCUUCCUCCAACAACUAUCGACCCGUUGUUAUUCUCCCGGGCUUAGGGAACAAUUCGGGUGACUACCUUAAGUUAGAGCAAACGCUGAACGAAAACUACGGCUUGUCCACUGUGGUGGCGAAGGUAUCGAGACUUGAUUGGCUCCGAAAUGCCUCUGGUUUGAUUGAUCCUAAUUACUGGCGUGGUACUCUUGAACCAACCCCUGUCCUAGAUUGGUAUUUGGAGAGAGUUAAUGAUGCCGUUGAAGAGGCAAAGGAGUUAGCAGGAGAAGGAGGAGAUUCGACGACGACUCUAUCAUUGAUUGGCCAUUCAGCAGGAGGAUGGCUUGCACGGCUAUAUAUGCAACAAUUUGGGGUGUCCCAUAUAUCCUUGUUAUUGACUCUUGGAACACCUCAUCUCCCACCUCCAAAAGGUGUUAUCGAUCAAACCAGGGGUCUCCUUGAUUAUGUACAAAAAUAUUGCUCACAACCUGUAUACACCCCUCAACUCAAGUAUGUAUGUGUAGCAGGAAGGUAUAUUGAAGGGGCUCCUCUUUUUGGCAAAUCAAAACCAAAUGUUGAGGCUGUACUUCCCGAGGCUGCUAUUAUGAACGCCGCAACCACUUCUUUACCUAACACAACAUUACGCGCUCGCUUUGUUGGCCAAGGAUACAAGCAGAUUUUGUUAGGUUUGCGGGCAAGCAGAUGUAUGGGGAGAUGGUGUUGUGCCAGAAGUAUCAGCUCAUCUUGAGGGUGCACUUAACAUUUCCCUGGAUGGAGUUUAUCACUCCCCAGUUGGUUCAGAUGAUGCCAUUAGACCAUGGUAUGGUUCCCCUGGUGUGUUGGAACAAUGGAUACAACAUCUCUUUAAUUAACUUCAACAUGUUAUUCAAUACACUAUCAUUUUAUUAAUAGUAUACCAUCAUACAAAAUUAUUUCCAUGAUUUCAUUCAUUGUAUUUAUGGCUUUGAAUUUGCUAUUCUUUAAUUUAUUACAAAGUAUAUUUAUAUUCUGUUGUUA